UUUCUCUCGAUCACAGACUCGCUUUCAUACCCUGAAUCUGAUACCUCUUUUUGUUUCGCUCGCUGGAAAAGCAAAAAUGGUGGCUCCCAAAGAGAAACAUGGCGUUAAAAAGGGAAGCAAAGUUGGAAAGGCUUGUGCCAAUGAGAAAGAGGUGCAUUACAGGGGCGUGAGGAAGAGGCCGUGGGGCCGAUACGCCGCCGAAAUCCGAGACCCGGGAAAGAAGAGCCGCGUCUGGCUCGGGACCUUCGACACGGCCGAGGAGGCCGCUCGUGCCUACGACGCCGCCGCCAAAGAAUUCCGCGGCGACAAGGCCAAGACCAACUUCCCUUUGAGAAACGAGGAAUCGCCCAUUAACGGCAGCCCGAGCCAGAGCAGCACGGUGGAGUCCUCGAGCCGGGAUGAGUCGGCGCGUGAUGCCAGGCGCCCCAGCGGUGAGAGUGUUUUUCCUGCUGCUGUGGGUCGUUUUCCGUUCCUUAAUCAGCAGCCGUAUGUCGGGGUGGUGGCGGGUUUCCCUCACGGGCGUCCGGUUUUGUUUUUUGACGGAGUUGGGAGGCCGGGGUUUGUGACUCAGAGCUACCCGGUCCGGUUCGACGCUGGUCCGGCGGAGGUCAAUUCCGGUGGGGUCCAGAGCGACUCGGACUCAUCGUCGGUCGUUGAUUGCAAGCCGAGAAAAAAGAAACCUCUUAAUCUUGAUCUUAACCUUGCUCCCCCGAUGGACGAUUAAUUUGGUGAUAAUUGCAAAGCAAAUUAAGUUGUUUUUGUUGGAGAGUGAUGUAAGUAAUUAAAUUAGUUAAUUAGGAAUUUAGUCUGGGCUUGAUGUGUUUUUUUGUUUCUCUUUAACAAGAUCGAGAAACUAUAACAUUCUCUCCAAGUUGUUUAUGUUGUAACCUCUCAUUUUACUAACUUCUUAGUAAUUAAAAUUUUAUUUCUUCA